AUGGCUUUUUUCGGAAUAACGAAUUACGGCUAUCAGAAUCCGAUUGGGGACAUGAUGUGUCCCCCUCCGCAGAGAACAUCUCAUCUGCAGAAUAUCUCUAGGUGGGACAAACCCCCAGGAUUGCCUCCCAUUAGUCCGACUACAAGACUGACGUGUACAGACACUUGUAGUGUCUACAAUCAGCCACCCCCAUAUGGUAUGGACAUACAUCAUGGCAGUCUGAAGCGUUAUAAAGAAAUGCUGAAUCGUGUCCAGGCACCUAGAUCCCCCAACGAGCUAUAUCGUGUCCCUUUAACGGACAAUCAGCGGUACGGAUGGUGGUGGCUCAGUGGUGCGGCAUCCACCGCGGAGCCCUGGACCCAUAUUCCCCGUUUCCCUCGCAAGAACAGCGAAAUGACCAAGUUUGUGAGGGAGAUGUCCAUGACUAAUCGCGAAUUCUCCCUCUAAGCGUUAUACCGAAUCUCAAGGCA